AGCUCCCCAACGCGCACUGCCUGUACUGGGGUCUCGCCUUCGUGCUAACACUUUUAAGCUGCAGGAGUGUUGCACAGUUCCCCCCUUCGGCCUCCGUUUGUCAGCACCUGGCUGCCUUUAUUCAAGGACGGUGAAAGUGACUGUAAGAACAUAUGUGCCUGCGAGUGUGACACGCCUCUGAUCAAUGGCUACCUCAGGCUCCACCACUCUUCCUACGCCCGCCGCUGUGCCUGAGGAGUUCCAUUAUGAGACAGAGUACAUUGUGCUCAGCUACCUGGGACGGCUUCCUGCUGGUCGAACACAAGCAGCUGAAGGAGAGCACGCUAGCGUAGUUAAAAAGCAGGUAGAAGAAGAGCUGAGACGACUAGAAGAUGAAAUUGCUGCCGCCUCUUCCAGCACAGGCUUCGACCGGCGUACAUCACUCGUGUUCAGCCCAGCCAACCCCGAGACGUCAAUCGAAGACUGCCUCGCAGAGCUGGGAGAGCGCAUGGUCCGAGAACUGGACGCACACCUGGACGCAGCUGCACAAACACUCCUCCCGGGGCCUUUGGAGUACGAGAGAUUCCGAGAUGCAACACUGGACUUGUCAAAACACACACAAGGGGCGUGGAGCAAGGUGCUGGUACCUUUGGUGUUGCUUCAGGCUUUACAAAGUGAAGGUCAGUCCCUGUUAAAUCUACUAGAUCUUGGAGUGCGCUUCCUGGAGGAGGCUCAGGGUGAAUACAUCAUCCAACAUGGGGGAUAUGGUGAAAUAUUUGGCCUUGGCUCAGAAGAGGAGCAAGGCGUCGUCAUCGCUGAAGACAGCAACGACAUCUACAUCUUGUCGGGGGAUCAAGCGCCUGACCAGCUGAGCCCUCCGUCAUCUCUGCUGUGCACGGGCGACAACAGCAGCGGGCACAGCUCCUGGCAGACGGAGAGCUUACCUGUGUCUCUGGCCGGCCACGAGUCGUGGGCGCAGGUGUGCGCGAUGGACCCCGAGGACAUCAAGAGCCUGGACAGCAACGAGGGCGUGGCUCUGGCCGAGGAGCGCAGUGAAAACAACUCCUCCAACUCGGACAUCGUCCACGUGGAGCGUGAAGAAGCCGAGCUGCUAGAGGAAGGCAAUGAAGGUGGAGCCAUCGAGGAGAGCAUGAUGAGCGUUUUAGGUACGGAGAGCGAGCUUGCUCAGCUCAGGGAGGAAAUUAGUAGCCAGAUUCCAGCAGCUCCUGUGACGUCAGAGUUAGACUCCACAGCACCAGGCUCCCUGAUCUCUCUAGAGGAACCUGUUGUCAUAGAGACGCCUGCAAGCUUGUCAACAGAACCUUCCCUCACCUCUACAGAACCGGAGCUUCCUCCUCCAGUCCUGGAAGAUGUUGCUCCCCUUCCGUCUGAACCAGAACCUGCAGUACCAUUACCUGUUCCUGCAGUAGAACCAGAGCCUUCUCUGGUUGCACCCCCAUCUCCAGCUAAGCAGGCCCAGGCUGCAGCUUCCACAGAUCCAACAGAGCCUGAAGCCUCCUCACAAGCAGCCUCUGAACCACAAUUAGAGCCUGUAGCUAUUCUCCCUCAGCAAGAACCAGAGUCUGUGAGCGAGUCUGAUGUACCACCCGCUGCGACCUCGAACCCAGAGGCUCCUGCGCAGGCCGUCACCGAGGAGCUCGCAGUGCAGCCAGAGCCAGCAUCAGAGCUCCAGGUUCUGCUCUGUGGAGGAGCUACCUUGGUGCUCCUUGCUGCUGCCAUGGCAUAUGGUGUCAUAAGAUACAGGAGGAAGUAGAGUAGUAGACACGUUUCCUUCUCAAGGGGUGCGAGUACACACGAAAGGAUGAUAGUAAUCAAAUUGCUUAGUUCACUGAGGCUGGAUCUGGAAACUCCUCAUGUUGUUUCUAAGAUCUCCAGUCCAACAUCAAGCCUCUCACUUGAACCCUGACCUCACCACAUCCACUCAGCAGGUGCAACCGCAGGAAAAGGGAACUGAAUGCACUUCCUGUCUGAUGUACACCACCUCUCCUGCUUUUGCUUUCUCUCGAGUGUCUUUUCCCUUUCAUUGUGUAUGUGUGCCAUGUGAUUGACCAUACCGAGGUGAAAUUGUCCAACUGGAAAGUACCAUGAUUACAUCUAUAUUGUCAUUGCAUAUAAAUGCUAAAAGUUGUCAUACUUGAGUCAUCAGUCAUUGAGAGAACUGCAGCACGAGUAAAUAUAGGCGGUAUGAAGUACAGGUGGUCCUGGGGUUACGAAUGCGUUCCGUUCCUAGACUGAUGGAAGUGGAGUUUUCGUGUAAGUCAGAACCUUUACUUAAAUUAACUCCAAGUGACUCACACUGUACACACAACACAUGAAGGACAUAUGAAACACAGUAAUAAAAAGAACUUUUAUUUGUAUGGUCCUGCCGUCUUAAAAUUUUGUCCCAGGCUCGUCUGGAAGGAUAACCUCUUCUUCCAGAUCUCUCUGUAACAGCACAUCCAUGACCCCUCUAGCCUUCAUUAGCAUUCAAUCAUUUUUAUCCUUAACGAUGACCGCGACCAAUAUCGGUGGGUGUUUCAUUUCCCCACCGAGAUUUUUGUUUAUUUUCACUUUUGUGGUGAUGGUUGUCCUUUUCUUUGGCGCACCGCUGCUUGGAAGACAUAAUGAAGUCCAAAAAUUGAAUAAAUAAGCAAUGGUAUUGUUCCUCAGUGCAAGCACAUGCUGCAUUCUUUGAACCAAAACUAAGUUUGGAAUGAAUUUAUGGACAAAACAUAACACGGGGACCGGCUGUGUUAAAUUCAACUUCCAAUAUUUGCUGAAGUGUUAAUAAAAUUUUGCCACAUACGAAUGUGAUGAAUAUGCGGUUUGUCCUUUUAUUUAUGCGUUAUUUGAUGGCAACUUGUGAUUGAAACUGGAGGUUGGCCUUUGAUAUGCAUCCAAUUAACACUCCCGAAGUUCAUGUCAAGGGGAUUUGUUUUUUUUCUCUCCAGUAAAAAUCAAGAGUGUUUCAUCAAACUUUGUACCUUGAAUUUCCUACGACACUCGAGAAUAAAGAAAGUGAGAAUGUG